CCCGCGAAAUCCCGCGUUGUUUUCGAUCGCCAUGGAAUAGCUUGGCUUCGAGCUUGAGCUUGAGCUUGAUCUUGAGCUUUUCAAGAAGAAGCAUGGCAAGCAGGCUGUUCUCGUUCCAGAAGUUGAGAAGAGCUCCGUUUUUUCUUCUCCUCCGUUCCAUCUCUGCAACUGCUCGCCAUUUUCCGAGUAGUUUUGAUUCUUUUGGCAAAAUUCAAAAUCAAAGACUCGGUUGUGAGCUUGAGCUUUUCAGUAGUAAAGUGAGGUAUGGAUGGUGCUAUGGUUUUCAUACAAGCCAGCAUCUUAGCAAUAUAGAUGAUGAUGUGGUGGAGACUCAAAAGAGUUUUGGGGAUCAAAUAUCUGUAGAUGAUAAUGGCCAGCCAAAAAUGAAAAGGAAGAAGUUAAAAGGAAAAAGGGCAGUUGUAAGGUGGUUGAAGUUCUUCAGAUGGAAGAAGAAAAAGGCGUUCGAAAGAAUGACUGCAGAGGAGAAAAUUCUUUAUAAAUUGAAGAAAGCCCGAAGAAAGGAAAAUCGAAUUGUUGAGGCAUUGAAGAAAAUUGAACCUGCCGAUUCAUCAGAAACUACCCAUGAUCCAGAAAUACUUACACCAGAAGAGCAUUUUCACUUCCUCAAGAUGGGCCACAAAAGCAAGAACUAUGUGCCGGUGGGAAGGCGUGGGAUUUUCCAGGGUGUGAUCCUAAAUAUGCAUUUGCAUUGGAAGAAACAUCAAACCUUGAAGGUUGUAGUGAAGACAUUCACUGCUGAUGAAGUUCGUGAGAUUGCUGCAGAAUUGGCAAGAUUAAGUGGUGGAAUUGUGCUUGAUAUUGUUGAAGGGAAUACAAUUAUCAUGUACAGGGGAAGGAACUACUCACAACCACCAACAGAAAUAAUGUCACCAAAGGUUACACUUACAAGGAAGAAGGCACUAGACAAAUCCAAGCAUAGAGAUUCACUUCGAGCAGUCCGAAAGUUCAUACCAAAACUUGAGCAGGACCUUGAAAACCUUCAUACGCAAAUGACAGCAUCAAGGGAAGCCGAACUUUGUCCUGUAACCAAUGAAGAAACAACCGAAGCUGUUUUUGAUAGACUAAUUGCUGAAACUCAAUCAGAAGGCAUUGAACUUAGAAAGACAAAAGUUGGCGACGAUGAGCUUCAUGAAUCUAAUGAGGAUUCAACAAUGGUGCGAAGAUCAUGGUCAGAUUCUGAAGACUUGUCUGAUAUUUUUUCAACUGACUCCGAUAUGGAUUCGGAGGAAAAAAAGAUGGAUAAGUCUCCAUUGUUCUUAGAUCAAUUUGAGAAGUUCCCAUCAGAGAAUGCCGCAUGUUCAGAGAGUUUUGAAGAUCAUCUUCGGCAAAUUGCUGCUUCUAGGAAAAAUAAUUCAUCUGGAAAAGAUGUACAAUUUGCCGAACUCGAUGAAAUUGACAAGAUUUUCUUAAGAGCUGGAUCAUUGUUGAAGAGAAGAAAAUAGUUUGUAAAUUUAAGAUCUUGUGUUUGACUUGCAUGAAAAUUAUUCAUGUUUUUGUAUCA